GCCCUUCCCCUUUGUUUUUCCGGGGAGGAGGGAGAAGUCAAAAAGGAAAUGUGGCCAGAAUGGGACGGAUAAGUAUCUGAGCAGCUGCAGCAGGGAAAACAGCCUGGAAAAAGACUAAAAAAUUAUUCAGGGCAACUGCUGAUAGCCUACAGUUAUGUAGCGUUUGUAGAUCAGCCAUCAGCUGGGACUUUUCAUGGGCCAUGUGACAUUUUACACAUUUUUCAGUGUGUGCUGUUUAAAUUACCGUAAAUAACCAUUGAAGAGCAUAGGAGCGGUUUGGAUGGAGGAGUAAAAACUUCACUUCUGAAACUCAACCUUUUUUCUGGAGAGCAGUUCUGUUGUGGUUGGAUGGAGUGAUUUCCACAAAAUCAUACCAUCUCUGCAUCUCUGAGUGAUCUGAAUUUCCACCUGCUGAACAACAUGACUGACUCAAACAACACCCCGUCCUGCUACGCCAACACCAGCACUCCAUAUUAUUAUGCUCCUGAAAUGGGGACAAUCUACUUCUCAGCCACCUUCAGCGCUCUGGGCCUCACAUCUAAUCUAGUCGCCUUUAUUGUUCUCAUUAAAUCCUUCAAGCAGACACAAAACCGUUCCCAAUCCUUCUUCCUAAUUUUCCUGGGUGGUCUUGUGGUCACUGACUUUAUGGGUCUGCUGGUAACUGGCUCUUUUGUGAUCUCAUUCUACGUCACACAUGUUGAUUGGCGUCAGUCGGACACUACCUGCCACUUUUGCAAUUUCAUGGGGAUGUCCAUGGUCUUCUAUGGCUUGUGCCCUUUGCUUCUUGGUGCCACCAUGGCCAUUGAACGCUUUAUUGGCAUCAAUCAUCCAUUUGCACGUUCCUCCAGAAUGUCUAAGAGUAGGACCAUCUCCAUGGUGCUGAUGGUUUGGUUUAUUGCUGGAAGCAUAUCCCUCCUGCCACUAACAGGCUUUGGAAGCUACCACAUUCAGACACCUGGCUCCUGGUGUUUCAUCAACGUUAGCUCCGAGAGAAAUGAUUGGGCCUUCUCUUUGCUCUUCUCUUUUGUUGGACUGAUCAGCAUCACUGCAUCAUUUUUACUAAACACAGUGAGUGUGGUGACCCUAAUCAAGGUGUGCUGUGGAUCAGAGAGGAGACAGCGGCGCAGAGAUCAUGAAGUGGAAAUGAUGGUGCAGCUUAUACUAAUCAUGACUAUUGCCACUGUUUGCUGGUGCCCAUUACUGGUCUUCAUUGCCCAGACAGCUUUGGCCGGAACUGGUUUCAAUGUGAGAUAUCUACUCCUCUGGAUACGCUUCGCCACCUGGAACCAAAUCCUAGAUCCGUGGGUAUACAUCCUGUUUCGCCGAUCGGUUCUGAAGAAAGUCAACCCUCGUAUGGACUGGUCCCGGUCCUCUGUCACGUCUUUGUAUCCAUCUCUCCGUGACAACGUCCGUAGAUUCACGAGGUCUUCACUGGGGAGCAACCUGGGCUCAGAUGCCCCGGAAGAUAUUGAAAAAUCCAAUGCGGUGCCCCCAUCUACAACAGCACCAUCCCCACCUUCUCCAUGUUUGAUUGGAUCUGAGUCAUAGUUACAGCGGACUGACAUAAGUGUCCCUGUAAAUGUGAUCAACUCUGCAUUGAGUUUUCAGGUCAAAUGUGAUGAGAAUAACUUGGCAUGGUCUCGCCAACAAUGUGAAGUAACUGUAUCUUCUCCUUUUGUGAGUGUGGAUUUCAAAUGUCUAUCAUCAUUUCACCAUCACAUUCCAAUAGACAAAGUAGCGUUUGAUUGUGUGCAGAGAUAUUAAACCUAACGUACUUCCACAUUGGCAACACACGUAAAGCUAAGAAUAAGUUGCCUAAACUGAAAAAGUUUUUUUUUUCCCAUUACCUCCUGUAAAUUUAGCAUACACUAUAAGCAGCUAAGACUGUUCCUAUUAUGAGAGAGAUGUAUUGUAAUAUUAUGCAUAGUAUUUUUGCAGAAAUUAAAUGCUUUAACAUCAAAACAUGGGAAAGUGCCACUAAUGAAGCUUUUUUUCAUCCCGAGAGUAACAUUUCUCCUGUUUGUAGCGUUACAGUGUAGUCUUCUGUUGCAAUAUAUAUCUUGUCCUAUAUCUCACCAUCCAUUCAUCCAUCCAUGUUAAUUUCAUGGUCACAGGGGGAGGGUGCCUAUCUCCAGCAGUCAUUAGAAGAGUGGUGCAGUAUAGUAUAUAUGAGGGGUCUCUAACUCUGGUCCUCAGGACCCACUGUCCUGCAUGUUUUAGAUAUUUCCUUGCCUCCACACACCUGAGUACAAUGAUUGCGUGACCUCCUCAGGAGCCACCAAGGGCUACAAAGAUCUGUUAAUCAACUGUUAAUUCAGGUCAGGUGUGUGGAGGCAGAGAAACACCUAAAACAUGCAGGACAGUGGGUCCAGAUCACUGGACAAGACCCCUGGUAUAUAUGCAUGCGUUGUUGUGUGAGAGAUGGUCAUACAUAAUUAAGGAACCCAGGGUGGACACCACCUAAUAGGAGUAUAAAGAAUGAGUUGUAUGAUUAACAGUAUUAUGGUCUGCUCUGUGUUUUUUUUUUUCUGUGUGUUUUAAGCAAAAGUGAACGAAGAAAAUGUACAUUUCUUGUCUUUCUGAAUUCUAAUAUAUGGUUUAACAAUGUAAUAGUUAUGUGCUUUUCAUUCCUUACAUAAAGUGCUGAACUGCUUUAAAAA